CGUGCAUACCAGCAGUUUAUUAUGUAUUAAUUAUUGUAUUGUAAUAUAUGCAUUGUUUACUCGUAUAACGAUGGAGAAGGAGAGAUUUACAAUGCUUCUUUUGGAACCGGGAGAAAUAUUUUUUGAAGAUUACAGCGUUCGGAUGAGAAGGCUAGAGACUCCAUUUUCCAAAGAUGAAAAGUGGAUGGAUGGGAGAUUAAAAUUAUGUUCCAAAUCUUUAGUAUUUGUAAAUAAAGAUAUUAACCAGCCAUUAAACAAGAUUCAACUCAAAGAAACUAUAUCGAUUGAGCAAUGUACAUUGAACGACGAUAUAGCGAGUAAUAUGCUGUCAAUAGAGUGUAAACAACAUGUGGAAAUGUUGGAGAAAAAUAUAUUAGCGCCAUACAGAUUUAUACAUCAGACUACUAUAUUCCACUUCUGCUUCAAUUAUGCGAAAGUAGAAGAUUGCCUUUCGCAGAUCUUGCAAUUGCAUAGGGCAGCGAGUUUAGUAACUGUAGAACAAAAUGCUAUGAUUAUGGCUAUUGUACACUCUAGACAGUCACGUGUAUCUUUUGAUACAUCAUGGCUUGAGGAUCUAUAUGAACAAGCGGUCUUGGAGACACAGGCAACGAAAGUAUUGCCGCUUGUAAUAAAUCCAGGCAGGGUAUUAUUGACCAACUCGAGAAUCUACUUUCAACCUUAUAAUAAUAUGGAUCAGCAUCCUGUCCUUAAGAUCCAACUGAAAGAUAUACGGAAUAUUAUAAAAAGGAGAUUUUUGUUGCGACAAGUGGGUCUUGAAAUUAAAUGGAUGCGACAAACUGAUGGCAAGAUUGAACAUUUAUUUUUAUCGUUUCAAAAUCAAGAUGGCAGAGACAAGCUAUAUGAAAAUUUACUUUUACAAUCGACGGUUUCUCUCGAGACUGUGCCACAAAAUCAAAUGACAAUGAGAUGGCAAAAUGGAUAUUUAUCGAAUUAUGAUUACAUUUUAUAUGUAAAUAGUUUGGCAGAUAGAACUUUUCAUGAUUUAACACAAUAUCCAGUGUUGCCUUGGAUUAUACAAGACUAUACUUCUGCGACGUUAGAUUUGAAUGAUAUUAAUGUUUAUAGAGAUCUUUCGAAACCUAUUGGCGCAUUAAAUCCUACUCGUCUAGAAAGAUUAAAAGAACGAUAUUCGGAAAUGUCUGAUCCAAAGUUUUUAUAUGGUUCUCAUUAUAGUGCACCAGGUUUUGUACUGUUUUACUUGGUACGAAAAUACCCUCAGUAUAUGCUCUGCCUUCAAAACGGAAGAUUUGAUCAUCCAGAUAGAAUGUUCAACAGUAUAGCCGACGUGUGGAAAAAUGUUUUGGUGAACAUGUCUGACUUUAAAGAACUGAUACCGGAGUUUUAUGACACGAGCACUGGUGGUGACUUUCUAGUGAAUACGUAUGGCAUCGACUUUGGCUAUCGGCACGACGGUACGAAAAUAGGCGAUGUACAGCUACCUCCUUGGGCAAAAGGACCAGCCGAUUUUGUACAACAAUUAAGAAAUGCCUUAGAAAGCGAUUACGUUUCUCAAAAUCUUCAUCAUUGGAUUGACUUAAUUUUUGGAUAUAAACAAAGAGGAGUUGAAGCUGACAAGGCUGACAACGUAUUCUUCCAUUUGUGUUACGAAGGAGCAGUAGAUUUAGAUACUAUACGAGAUAUAAAUGACAGACAUGGGCUCGAGGUGCAAAUUAUGGAGUUUGGUCAGAUACCAAAACAAGUCUUUGCUCUACCUCAUCCCAAACGUUUGACGUCAGCUCCAACGUUAUUAUACAGCGAAACAUUAUUGAAUACCUUGCCAGAAUCAUCAACUUUAGGCAACGCAUGUGUAAAGGAAAAAUCAUUUUAUUUUACCAAACUAAUAGUGUUUCAAGCACACAAAGACGGCGUCACCAGUAUUGUACGAAAAAAUACAACGAGUAAUGAAAUUAUAUCAGUGGGGCAAGACGGAACGCUUAAAUUGUUCAACAUAAGUGAGAAGAAACUGACACGUAGCGUUACCUUGUCUCCAUUGUCACUGUCAUCUUGUAUCUCGUAUUAUACGCUAUCGCAACGUAACAUUCUUGUAGCAGGUUCAUGGGACAAUACCAUGAUAUUUUAUGACAUCGAAUUUGGCAGAGUAAUUGAUGUCCUGCAAGGACACGAAGAUGCAGUGUCGUGUCUAGUGUGGAGUUGUACUCAUCGAGUGAUUAUAUCUGGAUCGUGGGAUUGCACUGCAAAAGUUUGGCAUGAAUACACUUCUGGGUCAAAAAUUAAACCAGCGGAGUGUUUCAUCGCGCAAUUAGAUCAUGACUCUAAAGUAACUUGUAUUAAUAUAUCGAGAGACGACAGUAUGUUGAUAUCUGGUACAGAAGAUGGCGAAUUGUGUUUAUGGAGCAUGAAUAAUUACAAUUUACAAUCUACUAUUAAAGGUCAUACAUGCAGAGUAAACGCGAUAACGUUCGAUAAACAAUGCAGCAGCAUAAUAUCAUGUGCAGAAGACAAAGUAUUAAAUAUUAUCGAUGUUCGAACAAGUACACAGAUAUAUUCCGUCAAUUUAGAAAGCGAACCAUUAACAUUAACGUGGAUGGGAACGUUUUUGCUGAUAGGUGAUAACGACGGAGAUCUUAAUGUAUGGAAUCAUCAGGGAGCUGUAUUCAUUCCGCAAAUACAUUGUCAUGAUGGACCGCUUUGCGCUUUAGCUGUAGCCGCUGAUAAUAAUUUAAUGAUAACAGGCGGAAAAGACAGAAAAGUCAUCGUAUGGGAAUGUCAUACGCACUGACACAGUAUUACAAAUGCGUACUAUCAAUGUACAGGAAAGAUUUUAUGUAAAUAGAAUUUAGACCUAACACAAUAUUUUUAUUACUUGUUUGUUAUAUAGAAUAGGAUACUAAAAUCUGUACAUAACAUAAAAUGGCACAUUUAGAGAGUGAUCCGGAAAAAAGUGUCAAAAGAUUUAGAAGCAUAUAGUGCUUGUAAAAAGAAAAUAUCCGCAAUAGUAAUGCUAUAUACUCGAAAAUUCUUCGAUUCGUUUCAAGUUGCCCCCCGUAUUAGAUUCUUAACAUGUAUCAUGAACAUGUAUUCUGAAUUGCUGAAAUAUGUGUGGUUUAUAUCCGAGGAAAACAAAAGAUUCCUCUUUAAAUUAUACAUUUUAUAACUUCUGGGAUUUCUUCUUUUUUUUUUAUGCAUAAAAUUAUAUUUGUUAUACA